AUGGAAUCAAGAAUUUCGCGGCCCAACCGAACUAACCUCACGGGUGUGGGAAAUCAGAACCGUGUUGCCUCUCGAUCCUUCGUCGCCCCAUUAAACCCAGCUGGGCGAUACGACGACCCUGGCUACAGGAUUUCAGAGCAAGACGCGGUUGGAACCCAUUUUUGUGAAAUCAACAACAAAUCCGGAUUCCCUGUACACAAUAUCUGUUGGAAGCUACUCGAGGAGGCCAUCUACCCCAGCCCGGUGCCAGCUGAAAGGUUGUUCGAUGUCUUGAAGUCUUUCGUAUGGCCGUCGUUGUGCGUCGAUGGGCGGCUUGAUUGGCGCUGGAGAGAAAUCUCGCAGUCAGCAGAGUGUUCAUCGAAAGACUCAUUCCCUUGGGAUAUCACCGCCAACGCGAACACCGCUGAUGUGCCGCCAUUCACAUCGGAUCCGUAUUUCGUCGACCUUCGCAACAGACGGCAAGCCUGGCAGAAGAUAUUGACUCUUGUUGACAUCCUGGGACUUUGUCCAACUCCAAACGCCGCGUUUACGAAGAGGGGUCAUUUGGCACACUUGAAGCCCCGGCCAGACUGUACUCUACGAGUCGGGGGGAGUGCCGCAGAGUCCCUAGUCGGCACGGUGGGUCCGCUGCAAGUGGGAUGUUUCCGAAAAUCCGUACAAUCUCUUGCUAUCCCCAACGAGACAGUCCGAAUAUCUGCGUCAACCAUAGAUGUGGGAUCCUUUACGUACAUCUCCGGUUUGACCAUUGUGUCGAAUUCGCAGACAGAAAGCGCUGGCCACCUGGGUCCCAAGGAAAGGGACCGAUCCGUCACCCUAAACGCUGCUGAUCUACGGGGCCUCAACGUUGCGGUUGGUUUGAGAGGUAUCCACGCUUUGCAGUUUGCAGAUUCGGCAGGACUGACCCCUUGGCUGGGCGAUCCUCAUGAUGCUGCAAAAACGACGAGGCUAGGGAGUGUAUCAAAUAUUUCAUCACUGGAAGUCUGGUCCGAUGCAUUCAGAAUCGUCGAGAUUGGUAUCGUGAAGAAGCAAAGUUCCGAGCUCAGCGACACAGAAAAUAUCUCAGACUUGAGGAUUUUCGGAAUAUGGUAUCCCGAUAUUCCCCCUCCUCAACUCAACCUGAAUGAAGAGUGCUUCUUCUCUGCGAAAGCAUUUGCGGAGGGAUUCAGACCGCUGUUCUGGACCCAUUUCGGCGGCCCAGGUGGUGUGCAUCUAAAAAGCCUACUGAGAAUAUAUUGGAAUCAGCCGGCCGAAACUAUCAGUUUUGCUUAUGAAAACAAGGGGGUUCCAUUGAGCUCUCAGAGCUUCGGUCGGGCACCAGAACCUGAAUGGGACGACGUCUCAUCGUGUUCUGAGCCUGACACUUGGUCGAGCACGUUUGUAAUCGAUGGACCUGGGGGAGAAAUAAUUACCGCUGUCGAGACUUGCCAGAAGUACCGGAAGACUGGCAGAACAUGGGAGUGUACAGAAGGAGUCCUAGCUGGAUUCAAGGUUUUCACCAACCGUGGACGAUCCCACCUGUUCCGGGGGGUUGUAGACGCCUAUCCGGAGGACUGGAGAGUUGAGACGAAGCGACUUGAAGUGCCUCCAGGGAGUGUAGUUACAGGGCUAUACGGGUUUUCUGUUCGGAAUUUGGGAUAUGGACUUGCAGCACUGGGGACUAUCACCGAGUUGGAGGCUUGA